AUGCUGGGAAGCCAGCCCUGGAGCAGUGCUGAAGGCCAAAAGAGCUUUACUCUGGCGCUUACAAACACCUGGCCAUCAAACUCCCGGCCAUUAAACAUCAACCUCCCGGCCAUUAAACCCCUGGCCAUCAAAACCCUGGCCAUCAAACCCCAGGCCUUCAAACCCCCGGUCAAUAAUCACCCGGCCAUUAAACUCCCGGCCUUCAAACCCCUUGCCAUCAAUCCCCAGGCCAUCAAACCCUCGGCCAUCAAACUUCCGGCCAUCAAACUCCCGGCUUUCAACCUCCCGGCCAUUAAACCCCAGGCCAUCAACCUCCCGGCCAUUAAACCCCUGGCCAUCAAACUCCCGGCCAUUAAACCCCCGGCCAUCAAACCCCCGGCCAUGAAGCUCCCGGCAAUUAAACCCCUGGCCUUCAAACCCCCGGCAAUCAAACACCCGGCCAUCAAACCCCCGGCCAUUAAACACCCAGCCAUCAAACCCCCGGCCAUCAAACCCCAGGCUAUUAAACCCCCGGCCAUCAAACCCCCGGGCAUUAAGCUCCCGGCAAUUAAACCCCUGGCCUUCAAACCCCCGGCAAUCAAACACCCGGCCAUCAAACCCCCGGCCAUUAAACACCCAGCCAUCAAACCCCCGGCCAUCAAACCCCCGGCUAUUAAACCCCCGGCCAUCAAACACCCGGCCAUCGUUCUCAUCAGACAUAGUCUAUUGACUAGUCUCAGCGGAAAGCUAUGUGUGACACACACACACACAUAA